UCUGUGUACUUUUACACAGAGUACACGUUACUGCGUGUGUUUAAAGUACCUGAAGGUUUAAAGACGGAGACAACCGCUGCGUGUGUUUAAAGUACAUGAACCAGACUCCAUUCAAAUAUCAGUCACUUUAACGCUCGUUGAUACCGGAAGUCCGCUGCCACGGACACGUGAGAGUGAUGUCAUCGGUGAAGGUGGACUGUGUGGUGAAAGCGAGUGCUCUGAUUGGUGAAGGGCCGGUGUGGGAGGAGUCAGAGCAGAUGCUGCUGUUCGUCGACAUCGCCGGACACAAAAUCCACCGCUGGAGUCCAACGACCAACCAGAUGCAGUCUGUGGAGACAGAGGACUCUGUGGGCUUUGCGGUACCUCGUAUCUCUGGUGGUUAUGUUGCCGGUGUGGGUCGCAGAAUCGUGGCUGUUGAUUGGUCGACUGAGAUGAUGACAUCACUGGUGGAGGUGGACCAGGACAAACCGACCAAUCGGCUCAACGAUGGGAAAGUGGACCCGGCAGGACGCCUGCUGGCAGGUACGAUGGGGAAGGAGGAGCGACCGGCUGAAGUUCAGAAAGGACGAGGAUCUCUGUUCUCUGUGACCUCUGACCUCACUGUUACCAGACACCUGAGACAGGUGGACAUCUCUAACGGGAUGGACUGGUCUUUGGACCAGAAAACGUUUUUCUACAUCGACAGUUUGUCUCUGACGGUCGACGCCUUCGACUACGACCUGAACACAGGAAACAUCGGUAACCGGCGUGUGGUGUACCGGCUGCAGGAGGGGGAGGGGCUUCCUGAUGGGAUGGCGCUGGAUGCUGACGGGCGUCUCUGGGUGGCGUGUUACAACGGAGGACGAGUCAUCAACAUAGACCCCGCUACGGGUGUGUGUGUGCGUAGCGUGUCUCUGCCGGUGAUGAAGACUACUUCCUGUUGUUUUGGGGGUCCAGGAUACUCUGACCUCUACGUGACCUCAGCCAGUCUGGGCCUCGACCAAUCAGAGCGCAGAGAGCAGCCACUGGCCGGACACACCUUCAGGAUAACAGGACUCGGGGUUAAAGGUCGUCCUUCGAACUCGUUCUCUGGAUGAUGUUCAAACAGCCAAUCACAGUGCAGAUCACCCGCUGGACCUGAUCACCAGUUUGACUCAGUAAUCAGAAACUGUAAUCAAUGAAUAUCUUGUGUGGGGGGUUAGGGUUUCUUCAGUAAGUAGUUUAAUGUUCUAGGUAAUGUAGAGCUAAAAACAUAGGUAAUGUUAAAGCGUUAGAGCCUUUUAGUUUAACAUGACACAGCCCCAAAAUCACCAUCACCAAAGUCCACCAGACUCCAUGUAAAUAAUCA